AUGAAUGCGAUAGUGGAAGUUUGUGCCUUCUUGCUGGGGUUUCUGGCCUGGCUGAUGGUAGGGAUCGCUCUUCCAAACCGAUACUGGAAGGUCUCUUCGGUGGACGGUAACGUUAUCACCACAUCAACCAUCUAUGAAAACCUUUGGAUGUCCUGUGCAACUGACUCUACGGGAGUUCACAACUGCCGGGAUUUUCCAUCUUUGCUCGCACUCAAUGGGUACAUUCAGGCCUCCCGGGCCCUCAUGAUUGCUGCCAUCGUGUUCGGGACGUUUGGGCUCGUGGCUACUCUCAUAGGAAUGAAGUGCUCAAAAAUAGGAGGAGAAAACUACAUCCUGAAGGGAAGAAUCGCUGCGAUCGGAGGAGUGUUCUUUUUGCUACAGGGGACUUGCACCAUGAUUGCUAUAUCUUGGUAUGCAGCCAACAUCACACAGGAAUUCUUUGACCAGUUUUAUCCGGGGACAAAGUAUGAGAUUGGAGAGGGCCUGUAUAUCGGCUGGUGUUCAGGUGUACUUGCCAUUUGUGGAGGUGCGUGCCUGACGUGUGCUUGCAAAAUCAACACACCCAAGGAAAAAAUACCAUAUCCAUACCAACCAACCUCCAGAGGACACGCGGUGUCGACUGUGGGAACGUCUCACACUGUCCCGAGCAACUACGGAAGAAAUGCGUAUGUCUGA